AUGAUAUGGGGGUUUGUUACGAAGGCCUUCGGGAUUUUAUUCAGUCUCCUUUUCGAGCAAGAAAUAAUGAGCUAUGUGCCCACUCAGCAGACCCAUUCAAGCACCCCUCAAGCCCUUACGGUUCUCAACCAAAGAGGCCCCUGCAGAGGACCAGCUCCUUACAGGAGAGACUUCGAGGCUAAAUUGAGGGCUUUUUAUAGGAAAUUGGAGAGCAAGGGAUACGGACAAGGACCUCAUAAGUUGAAGUUGCACAUCAGAAGAUCCCGUCUCCUGGAGGACGCCUUCAGGCGAGUCAUGUCCUGCGCCAAGAAAGAUCUCCAAAAGGGUCGUCUGGCAGUUUUAUGGGACGGCGAAGAAGGGUUGGAUUAUGGAGGACCUUCCAGGGAAUUUUUCUUCCUGCUGUCGAGGGAAUUGUUCAAUCCUUACUAUGGUUUGUUCGAAUAUUCCGCCAAUGAUACUUACACAGUACAAGUGUCACCAGCAAGCGCCUAUGUAGAUAAUUGUCACGAUUGGUUUCGUUUUAGUGGCAGAGUCUUAGGCUUGGCCUUAGUGCACCAGUAUCUCCUGGACGCCUUUUUUACCAGGCCGUUCUACAAGGCGCUCUUAAGGCUACCAGUAGCCUUGAGCGAUUUAGAAUCCUUAGACAGCGAAUUCCACCAAUCCUUACAGUGGAUCCGAGAGAACGACCUGGGCCAAGGUGGCACUGGAGGUGCUCUUGAGUUGAAUUUCUGUGUAACCGAAGAACUUCUAGGACGAGUCGUCGAAAGAGAGUUGAAACCUGGUGGUAAACACGUCCAGGUCACAGAAAAGAACAAAAAAGAAUAUUUAGAAAGAAUGGUGAGAUGGAGACUGGAACGCGGUGUUGCUGAACAGACGGAAUCUUUAGUUCGCGGAUUUUAUGAAGUUGUUGACGCCAGAUUGGUUUCUGUUUUUGAUGCCCGGGAACUGGAAUUGGUCAUUGCUGGUACUGCAGAAAUUGACGUUCUGGAUUGGCGGCAAAAUACGGAAUAUAGAAGUGGAUAUCAUGACGCACAUCAGGUCAUUUUAUGGUUCUGGCAAGUCAUCGAGGAACGUUUCACAAAUGAGCAAAGAUUAAGACUUUUACAAUUUGUUACUGGAACCAGCAGUAUACCUUAUGAAGGAUUUAGCUCGUUGAGAGGCUCCACUGGCCCUAGAAGGUUCUGCAUAGAAAAAUGGGGCAAACCAAACAGUUUGCCCAGGGCUCACACUUGUUUCAAUCGCUUGGACCUGCCUCCUUAUGCCACUCCAGAGGUUUUGCAUGAGAAACUGCUUUUGGCUGUUGAAGAGACCAAUACAUUUGGAAUUGAAUAAUUCAGAUAAGAUAAUUAGAUUAAUUAUAGAUGAUUAUAUAUGGAGAAGUUGGAAGGUGAGUUCUAUUGCUAAUUUUGCUGAUGAUGACAUGAAACCAAAGUCUUGAAGUGGUAGUGGAUGGUAAUAUUAUUUAAUACAUUUAGUAAAAGGCUAUUUAUAUAUAUAAUAUUUUAUUUACAAAUAACUUUUUUAACUCAAAUUUAAUGUCAUCACUUGUUAU